UCAGCCAUAGUUUGGCCCAUCACGGUGCCGAGCACCCCCAGCCCCCCUCGCUCCGUCGCUCAUCUUCCUCCUCGCGCGCGCCGCAGACCCCCUGCCUCGUCUUCCUCCACCGUAGGUAUCUCCCCUUCGAUUCUCUCGCUCCCGACCUCCCGUCACCCCACGAACCCUUUAGCUCCCCGUCGUAAUCUUCCCCAAUUCGUAUCUGAGGCAAAAAUCAAGUUAGGGCGGCCGCCCUACCUUGCCCUACUGGGUCCUCCGUCCGUGAAUCAGGGUUAAGCCCCCUGCUCGUCGCUGAAGAAACAUAGAUCGGGAGUUUUCUUGGCCUGAGAACAACAAGAGAGCUGGGUAGUGAUAGCAUGGCCUCGAAGCUUGUGGUUCUUGGGAUCCCCUGGGAUGUGGAUACGGAAGGAUUAAGGGAGUACAUGAGCAAGUUUGGCCCCCUGGAUGAUUGCAUCGUUAUGAAGGACCGCUCGUCUGGUCGAUCUCGUGGGUUUGGUUAUGUGACAUUUUCGUCAGAAGAGGAUGCAAAGAAUGUUGUUAACUGUGAGCAUAUCCUUGGUGACCGAACUCUGGAAGUGAAGAUAGCAACUCCGAAGGAAGAAAUGCGAGCUUCAGGAAAUAAGAAAGCUACUAGGAUAUUUGUUGCUCGAAUUCCACAGUCUGUGGAUGAGUCAAUGUUUCGGAGGCAUUUUCAGUCUUUUGGAGAAAUAAUAGAUCUUUAUAUGCCCAAGGAACUGGGUUCAAAGGACCAUCGCGGAAUUGGGUUUGUCACUUUCCGGAGUGCAGAAUGUGUGGACGAUGUCAUGAAAGAAACACACGAGCUUGAUGGUACAACUGUCGUCGUUGACCGUGCAACUCCAAAGGAUGAAGAUGUCAGACACCCUCCGAGGUCUAGGAGAGCACCAGUUCAUGGUGAUGGUGGUUAUGGUUCAUACAAUGCAUACAUUACAGCUGCUACCCGGUACGCAGCCUUGGGUGUACCAACACUGUAUGAUCAUCCUGGACAAGCUUAUGGAAGAGGAUACUCAAAUGAGCCCCUUGUAACAGGCAAAAAGAUAUUUGUUGGUAGACUUCCACAGGAAGCAAAUACUGAUGAUUUAUGGGAUUACUUUGGCCGAUUUGGCCGAAUUGUGGAUGCGUAUAUCCCGAAGGAUCCUAAAAGAAGUGGCCACCGUGGUUUCGGUUUCGUUACUUUCGCUGAUGAUGGUGUAGCUGAUCGUGUAGCACGGAGAAGUCAUGAAAUUCUGGGACAGGAGGUUGCUGUAGACUCUGCUGCACCACUUGAGGGCGGCUCAAGUGGAAGCGGUUACAUGGAAUCUGCAGGGCCAUAUGGAGCUUAUGGCCCAAUGCUAUCUUAUGGUCACUUCUCUGGCAGUCUUGGUUAUGAUUGCCUGACCACAUCUCCUUGAAGAAUUCCCAUUGUUUGCUUCCUCGCCGCUGUCAAACAAUCAAUCUCCUAUACACCUGCUAUGGAGAACCCAACGGCAGAAUUCACAGCGGAGCUCGACUUGACUCGGGGCUCAUCCUACGGCAACUUCAUCUCCGGCGUGCGCGACCAGCUCGUGCACCAUGCCGGCGCCAUGCGUCACCUGGAGCUCGUCCUGCUUCCUCAUCAGGAAUCAGACCCCGGCAAGGCGCCAUGGUUCGGGGUCACGCUCCGGCACGGCCCAGGGGACCUGGUCCUCUUCCGGAUACGUGCAGACAGCCUCUACCUAUGCGGUUACCGAAACUAUGCCGGCCAGUGGCAUGAGUUCCACGGCGGCUCGGCCAUCAGCGGCGCCACAUCGCUAUCCUUCGGGGAAAGCUACGGCGAGAUGGCAGCAGCGGCCAGCACGGAGCUCGUCAAACUCACCCUUGGCAUGGACGAGCUCGCGGCCGACACCGGCACCCAGCGGGAGACGGCGAUAUCCAUGAUGACCAUGUCGGUGAUGGUCUCCGAGGCCAUCAGGUUCAGGAGCGUCGGCCGGCACGGCGUGCUGUCGGCGCACAUGGUCAAGCAGGUGAAGAGCUCGGGGAGCCUGUCCGAGUACUGGCUCGGGGCAGUGCCCUACAUCAAGGCCGAUGCCGAUGCCAUUGCCAGCCAGCGGUAUGACUACAUACCCCAGCAUCUGCUUGCGCCGGCCAAGAUCGACUGCCAGGACCAUGCCAUGACGGCCCUUGGUGUCGCGCUGAACCUGCAGAGCGGGCUGCAAGACAAGCACAAGGUGGCACUUGACAAGCAUUGGCGCGACGUGCGCACCCUUGCUCGCAAGCUUGACAGGGAAAGAGCAUCUGCAUCGGGUACAUGACUCAUGAAUGGCAAGUGAGCGGCUGGUAAGAACAUGCCUUUCCUAUACCUGAUAUAUCUUUGCCUUUUUGGCUUCAAAUGUGAUCCCUGUAACAGGAGCUAUGCUUUGCUCCCUCCGCGAAAAAGAAACUAUCCUCUGCUUAUGAGGCGUGUGCA